AUGUCAAAACCGUUUGGUGGUGAAAGAGAUGGAUGUGAAGAUGCUUGGUGGUGGUGGGGAUGGCGGUUGUGGAGUGGAGGUAGUGGAGGUGGUGACGGAGGUGGAGGUGGUGGAGAUGGAGGAGGAGGUGGUGGUGGUUGUUGUGGUGGUGGUGGCGGAGGAGGAUGUGGUGGUGAUGGUGGUGGUGGUAGAGUUGGAUGUGGAGGUGGAGGUUGUGCCAUUUAA